CCGAGCGAGGCUCUCGCCGCGAUCGCUCGUACUCAGCUGUCCCUUCAGCGGCGCGAUAGUGGAGAGCGGCGCGAUUAUCGUCGUCAACGAGAGUGCCGGGUGCGCGAGACAACGCGAGACAAGAACCGUCGGCUCUCUUGUGUUGGCGCGAAGGCACCGUGCUUGAAGGGCACGCGACGAGAGGUCCGGCCAAGCUCUAUCCGGCGACUACGCGAACCACGGCCUGCCCUGCCGUUCACCAACCGGCGAUAAUGGCACUGAAAAGCUUAAUCAUCCUCGGAGCAGUCCUGGCUGUCGCAUCAGGUGCUCGGUCAAACUUCGUGCAAUGCGUGGACACCAGCCUCUGUCCCGACGGGGCGACCUGCUGCGAGACGGCGGACGGGACGUGGGGCUGCUGUCCCUACGAGUUUGGCCAGUGCUGCCAGGACGGCAGGCACUGCUGCCCGCUGGGCUACAGCUGCGACGCCGCUCAAGGGAGCUGCGUCCACGAGCUCACGCAAGAGCGACUCUUCCGAACGGCGCUCGAGCCACGUGUCUCGGGGCUCGCACAAAAUCGGCGCAACGAAGUCAUCCAUGGAGUGAACAGUGUCCGAUGCCCUGACGGGAACUACUGCCUGGACGGCCAGACCUGCUGCCUACUUACGUCGGGCAGUUUCGGUUGUUGCCCUUACCAGCAUGCCGAGUGCUGCAGCGACCACACCAGCUGCUGUCCCGAGGGAUACCGCUGCCGGAUUUCGACGCAUCAGUGCGUCCACGCUACAACCAACCACACCGUAGCCAUGGCGCACAAGGUCAGCGCUGUCGCGGCUCAACCAGGUCAAUUCGAAGUCUCUGCUAACGAUCUGUUCGAUGAGAACAUCCGUUGUCCCGAUGGAAACUACUGCGAGGAUGGCCAGACCUGUUGCCUACUGAGAAGCGGCCAGUACGGCUGCUGCCCAUACCAGUACGCGCAGUGCUGCAGUGACCACGUAAGCUGCUGUCCCGAAGGAUACCUCUGCAAGAUAUCCACGCAUCAAUGCAUCCACACGGUCACUAAUCACACCGUGCCCAUGGUCCAGAAGGUACAACCUGUUCGGCGACCUCAGGGGCAAGCGUCUGCGCCUCAGGUUGACGCCGAACUCAACCAGUGCCCCGACGGAAGCUUCUGCCAGGACACCCAGACCUGUUGCCUGCUGAAGUCGGGAAGAUACGGCUGCUGCCCCUACGCACAUGCAGAGUGCUGCAGCGACCACACCAGCUGCUGUCCCGAAGGGUACCGCUGCUUGGUCUCUACGCAACAAUGCAUCCAUGCCGAAAGCAAUGGUACUGCACCAAUGCUGAGGAAAGUCGACAGCAUCACUCUAGAGUCGACUGAGCAAUUACGACUGAAACCCGAUGCAGUGAACAAUGUCCGAUGCCCUGACGGGAACUACUGCCUGGAUGGCCAGACCUGCUGCCUACUUACGUCGGGCAGUUACGGCUGCUGCCCUUACCAGCACGCCGAGUGCUGCAGUGACCACACCAGCUGCUGCCCCGAGGGAUACCAGUGCCGAAUAUCGACGCAUCAGUGUGUCCACGCUACAACCAACCACACCAUGGCCAUGGUCCAGAAGGUCCGCGCUGUUGCAACUGAGCCAAGACAAUUGGAAGUAUCCGUUAAUGGACGGCUAAUACACUGCGGGGACGGAUCAGCAUGCUUCGACAACCAGACCUGCUGCCAGUUGUACGACAAGUCGUAUGACUGCUGUCCCUACCCAAGAGCAACUUGUUGCGAAGACCAGGACAGCUGCUGUCCAGAGGGAUACAUCUGUAUAAUAACCUUGCAUAAGUGCAAAAAAGCGAGCACCGGAGAAAUGGUGCCCAUGCAUUAUCCACCCACUGCUCGAAGAGACUCGUCGAAGACAGUGACCGAACCGAGUCUUCCAAAUGCUAUCACGUGCCCCGAUGGACACAAGUGCCUAAAUGGUCAGACCUGCUGCCCCCUGAGCAGCGGUCACUACGGCUGUUGUCCGCUGCCCGAAGCCGUCUGCUGCUCAGACCACAAGACGUGCUGUCCCAAUGGCUACCAGUGCCAAGUUGGCACGCAGACAUGCCAAAAGGGUGACAAUACAGUGGCUACGUUACAGAAGCUGCCGGCCUCCACGGGUGCCGAGUUGAUUGAAGUGGCUGACACUACAGAAAGCCGUACUUCUGCCCUCACUUCAGCUCAGGCCGAACUCCUCAAGUGUCCCGACGGAAGCUACUGCCAGAGCACGCAAACCUGCUGCCUCCUUGUUUCCGGCCAUUAUGGUUGCUGUCCCUACGUGCAGGCGCAGUGCUGCAGCGAUCACACCAGCUGCUGUCCCGAAGGCUACCGCUGCAAGGUGUCCACCAAGCAAUGCGUCCACACCACAAGCAACCACAGCGUAGCCGCCGGUCAGAAGGUCGACCCCGUGAUUCCCAAGUCGGCACUUGUGUCACCUAGGCCUAAUGGACGGCUCAUUCACUGCGAGGACGGGACAAUGUGCUUCAACAACCAGACCUGCUGCCUGCUGCUGAAUGGGACGUACAACUGCUGCGAGUAUCCGCGAGCGACGUGUUGCGAGGGCUUCGACAGCUGCUGUCCCGAGGGAUACACCUGCAUAGUAACCCUGCAAAAGUGCAAGAAGGAGAGCACGGGAGAAGAGAUGCCCAUGCAUCAUUCUCGAUGCAGUGUUCUGAGGAAAGCACCGAAGACGAUGGCAAGGCUGAGUAUUACAUCUGAUGUCACAUGUCCCGACGGCCACAAGUGCCAGAGUGGCCAGACCUGCUGCCCCCUGAGCAGCACUCGCUACGGUUGCUGCCCGCUGCCCGAUGCCGUGUGCUGUGAUGAUGACCAGCACUGCUGUCCGCAUGGCUACAUUUGCAACGAGGGCUCGGGAUCGUGCGAGUUUGGUGAACGCUCUGUGCCCAUGGUCCAGAAGGUUGCGGCCUUUGUGGAUGCCGCGUUGAUCCAGGCUGCGAUACGCAACGAGAAAUGCCCGGACGGCAACGAGUGCGACGACGACCAGACAUGCUGCCAGCUGCGUAGUGGCUCGUACGGUUGCUGCCCCUACAACCAUGCGGUCUGCUGCGACGACAAGGUCCACUGUUGUCCAGAGGGCUACAAGUGCGACACUCAGGCCGACAGGUGUAUCAACGGGAAUCUAACCGCCUCCCCGAUGAGCCAAAUCAUUCAGAAACGCAUCAGCAGACCCGCAAACAGGAUCCCUGUGGACGUACCCAACGAAAAAUGCCCGGACGGCAACAAGUGCGACGACAACCAGACCUGCUGCCAGCUACGUAGCGGCUCGUAUGGUUGCUGCCGCUACCACCAUGCGGUCUGCUGCGACGACAAGGUCCACUGUUGUCCAAACGGCUACAUGUGCAACGCGAAGGCCGAAAGGUGUACCAACGGGAACCUGACCGCCUUCCCCCUGAGCCGAAUCAUUCAGAAACGCAUCAGGAGACCCGCAAACAGGAUCCUUGUGGACGUACCCAACGAGAAAUGCCCGGAUGGCAACAAGUGUGACGACGAGCAGACAUGCUGCCAGCUGCGUAGUGGCUCGUACGGUUGCUGCCCCUACCACCAUGCGGUCUGCUGCGACGACAAGGUCCACUGUUGUCCAGAGGGGUACAAGUGCGACGCGAAGGCCGACAGGUGUAUCAACGGGAAUCUAACCGCCUCCCCGAUGAGCCGAAUCAUUCAGAAACGCAUCAGCAGACCCGCAAACAGGAUCCUUGUGGACGUACCCAAUGAGAAAUGCCCGGAUGGCAACAAGUGUGACGACGAGCAGACAUGCUGCCAGCUGCGUAGUGGCUCGUACGGUUGCUGCCCCUACCACCAUGCGGUCUGCUGCGACGACAAGGUCCACUGUUGUCCAGAGGGGUACAAGUGCAACGCGAAGGCCGAAAGGUGUAUCAACGGGAAUCUAAACGCCUCCUCGAUGAGCCGAAUCAUUCAGAAACACAUCAGCAGACCCGCAAACAGGAUCCUUGUGGACGAAGUGAAAAGAACCUGCUCCGACGGCAGCACAUGCCCGGACUUCGCGACCUGCUGCAAGUCCCCUAACAACACCUACUCCUGCUGUCCAUUCAGCGUGGCCACCUGCUGCGCGGACGGCUACUGCUGUCCCAGAGGUUUCGUGUGUGACGAGGCUAGGCACAUGUGCACACUCAGGCGUCGCCCUGAAGACCUGCCGUACCUUAAUUAAUGAUACCCCGAGCUACGACAAAGUUCUAAGUGAUCUAAUCAUUCUUAAUUAUAACUUGUAGAGGUCCACAUAGGUGCCAAACUCUCUGAACGAGGUCGUGAUGAUCCCGCAGUUUAUUUCUUUCGUUGUUUUUUUUAAUGACUACUUAUGCAAGAAGCAUGUCUGAGUUAAGAGUCGCCGUUGUGUGUUCUGACACUUUAAAUAAAAACGAGUUCUUUUUCUACGUUGGUGGAGUGAUGAAUUUACAUGAGCAUGUCUUAUCCUCGCGGUACUUACAUUGGAACCAUGCAGCUUCUGUGGUUCCGACAAGGAACAGAGGAAGGGAGGAACGGGAGGGAAUGGAAAGGCAGGUAUGUUAACCAGUAUAGGAGGACAGUCAUGCUAUCCUCCUACACGGAAAAAAGGGACUUGUCUAUCUCUUUGUCAUCUAAACGACCAGUUUGUGGAAAUGAAUUCACCAGGCGCAUAUCACUGAAAAUCACUGCUGGUGACUGAGCGUUGGUUGGUUAUUUGUUUAGCCAUGUGCAUGAAAAAAUAAAAUUUCAGUUGAGUAAAG